AUGAACCAUCAACAGCACCCUGCCGCCUGGGGACAGCCCCUCACUGCCCACCAGCAGUUCGACAUGUACUCUACGAUCCCCGUCGGUCGUGCCCCGCCAGUUGCUCACGCCGAGCCGGUGUCGCACACUCAUCAUUGGACUGAAGUACAAGGACGGCGUGAUGCUUGCAGCGGACAACCUUGGUGGGUCCUGGUCGCUUCUCCGACAUCUCAACUAACGCCAGCGUCUUAUGGAUCUCUCGCUCGAUUCCGUGACAUCGAGCGUCUGAAGGCGCUCGGCACGCACACCGUUCUCGGAGCUGCGGGCGACAUGUCCGACUUCCAGCGAGAGGAGGAGACGCUGAAGCUGAGCGACAACCACCCGGCCCUGGCGCCGCGCAACCUGUACACCUUCCUCGCGAACCUGUUCUACGCGCGCCGGUCCAAGAUCAACCCCCUGUGGAACGCGUGCAUCAUCGGCGGCUGGGACUUUGAGAAGGACGAGCCCUUCCUCGGCUACGUCGACCUGCUGGGCACGACGUACACUGCCCCGACGCUCGCGACCGGAUUCGGCAUGCACCUCGCCCAGCCGCUCCUGCGCGAGGCGUACGAGGCCAAGGCGGGCAUCGACGGCAAGGGAGACCUCCUCACGGAGGCUGAGGCCGAGGCCGUCCUCAACGAGUGCAUGAAGGUGCUCUACUACCGCGACGCGAGGAGUAUGAACAAGUACCAGCUCGCCAAGGUCACCAAGGAGGGUGUCAAGAUCUCGGACUCGAAGAGCGCCGAGACGUACUGGGGCUUCGCCGAGGGGCUCCGCGGUUACGGAUCCCAGACGCAGUAG